AUGUCGUCCUGCACAGUCUGCAAAAAGGGUCCGCCCCAGGUCAAUCUAAAAAACUGCGCAAAGUGCGCCACAACACCAUACUGCUCCCGCGACUGCCAAAAGGCCGACUGGAAAUCCCACAAAAAGACGUGCGGCCGGACCGACGCCUCCGCACAACCCCGAGGUGGCGGUCCCUCCGGCACCGGUGCCGGCAACCCCACAUCCGCCGGCACUGCGCUAUCCCCGCCAAAGGGCCUAGACCAGCCCGUCACCCGGCCCUUUACGCGCCUCGACAACGGCACCUGGCUCCACGACCGGCCCGAGGCGGACGUCUACCGCCUCCUCAUCGACGCGUACCGCCUGCACGUCGAGGACGAGUACAACAUCGACGGGGACGCGGCCGAGGACAGCAUCUACGGCGGCGCGGACAAUGGGCUCGAGGGGUUCCGGCGCUUUUUGAAGAACGCCGCGAAGCGGAAGGGGUUGUUGCCGGCGUGGUGGAGCGCGGAGAAGCAGGCGGCGUGCGAGCGCGUGGGCGGGGUGGACGAGGAGGACGAGGAGGACGAGGAGGAGGGCGCUGAUGCUUACUAUGAUUUGGGGUCCGCUGUGGAGAAGGCUGAUAUUAUUGAGCGGUAUGGCGACCCGCGGUUCCCGAUGCAGCUGCGCAUGUUUGCCGAGGCGGUGAAUUUGAGGGGCCCGGGAGGGCAGGAUGGCACGCCGAUGAGGAAGAUGAUGGCUUCGAUGGAGGGCGGGGCGUAUGGGCCUGCGGCGAUGGGGUCGACUAUUGAUGUGACUACGAUGAACAGGUCGAAUUUUAGGCACUGA